UUUUUUUUUUUUUUUUUGGCUGGCCUGAUACCCUCAAAGCUGGCCGAGGAGGAGGAGGGAGGAGGCGGUAACAGCCACAACUCGGAAUUUGCAAGCGAGUGUCGGGAUGGGGUCUGUUUCCAACCAGCAGUUUGCAGGUGCGAAGCCGGGCGAGGAGCCCGCCGGAGACUCGCCCAAGGCCGAGAACGAGUCCCAGCCCCUGCACGGCUCCGGCAUCUGUAAAUGGUUCAACGUCCGCAUGGGCUUCGGCUUCCUCUCCAUGACCGCCAAGGGCGGCGCGACCCUGGACUCGCCCGUCGAUGUCUUCGUGCACCAGAGCAAGCUCCACAUGGAGGGCUUCCGCAGCCUGAAGGAGGGCGAAGCUGUCGAGUUCACCUUCAAGAAAUCAUCCAAAGGCCUGGAGUCCAUCCGGGUGACCGGCCCCGGGGGCGUCUUCUGCGUCGGCAGCGAGAGGAGGCCCAAGGGGAAGAGCCUCCAGAAGCGCAGAUCCAAAGGAGACCGGUGCUACAAUUGCGGCGGGCUGGACCACCACGCCAAGGAGUGCAAGCUGCCUCCACAGCCCAAGAAGUGCCACUUCUGCCAGAGCAUCAGCCACAUGGUGGCCAACUGCCCCGCCAAAGCACAGCAGUCGCCCAGCUCGCAGGGCAAGCCCGCCUACUUCCGAGAGGAGGAGGACAUGCACAGCCCGGCGCUGCUCCCCGAGAGCCGGGAGUGAUGCGGGGCAGCCACAGGGGGCUUCCACCGGGGUGAGAAGGCUUUGGCAAGGCAAGGGGCACGGCAGGGGACAGGGGAG